UUAGAUCAAUUCGAUGAUUAAUUAAUAUUCAUAUAAUUUGGUUUCGAUAAGUUUAUAUUCUCUGAAAGUCAUUCGAAAGUUGGCGCGUUUAAUUCAACGUAUCACGUGACUAGUACGAUCUUCCAUGGCCGUCCAAUAGAUGUCACUGUCGACUUUCGCGACAGUGGCCUCCUCGUAUGGCCAUUUAUCGAACUAAUCAAUGAUUCGACCAAUGAAAACACUACUCUUUCUGUACAUAAACGCACACGUACGCAUUGAGAACUAAUAUACAUGUAAUUUCCGCAGGUGGUGAUUUUCGGACGAUAGAGAGAGAGAGAGAGAGAGAGAGAGAAAGAAAGAAAGAAAGAAAGAAAGAAAGAAAGAUAGAAAAAAGCGAAGAUUCAGGGACCUAACAACGUUACGGGAAUUAACCUGACGAUUUCGUGUGACAGAGAAAGAGAACAAUAUAGAAAGAUAGAAAGAAAGAGAGAGCGAGAGAGAGAGAGAAAGAGAGAGAGAGAGACGAAGGAACGACGCGCGUGUGCUCGAGGCGCCUUCAUCGCGGGGCGUAUCCCAAGAUCGCGAGGUAAAAAGCGUCAUUUCUGAGUGCGUCAUUGCGUGUCCUUCCUCCUACUCUCUUAUUCGUAGACUUUGGUAUAUCCUGGUUUGGUGCAAUUUACAAAUAUAACUCAUAUGCGUCGCCAGAGAAGGAGAGCAAAAGUGAAAGAGAGAGAGAGAGAGAGAGAGAGAGACAAAGUGUGAUACAGAGUGAGAAGAAAGGAGUAAGUGUGCGCAUGUGUGUAUGUGUACAUGUGUGUAUGUGAAAAGAGAGAGAGAGAGAGAGAGAGAGAGAGAGAGCACGAACAUAGAGCAUCGAACUCGAUUUGACAAUCGGAUGGACGAAGAAGAAGAUCGGCUUUGUGUUUCAUCGCGAUGAGACGUUCAUUAAAUUUUUCCUUUGUCAAGAUAAGAUUUUGAAUUUUUCCAUUAAAUCUUUUUUCUUUUUUAAGUUUCGUUUCUCUUUCUUCCUUCGAAAGUGAUAAGAAUUUUUUCUCGUGUUAUCAAUCAUCGAUUCGUUAUCGUGAUUUAUUCAUUGCCAAUGUGUAACUCAGCCGACGCUUCGUACGUGCAAAAGUUAGGUUAUCUGCAGUUAGGAGAUGAUAGCUCGGACGUUGUUGGUACCCCCGGUACCGCUAGGCUUUCGGGUUCAAAACCCGAGGCCCAAGUGCCUGUUACGAGAAACGUCACUGUCAGGAAUGAUAUCAGGAUACCUGGUAGACCCGUAGGUGCUAUCGAAAGCUUCAUCGAGGGUAACUCUUCUGACAAUUCUAGACAAACUAUUUCUGCUGAUUAUAAGCUUUACGAACGUGAGAAUAUUAUAGCUGCUUCGAGGUUUGCUACUCCGAAGCCUGUUGAACAAAUUAGUGCUCAACAACAACAGCAACAGCAACAGCAGCAGCAACAGCAACAGCAACAGCAACAUCAGCAAAGUCAAGGACGUGUUAACAAUCAACAGGCACCUGUAUAUGAAAAUAUAGAUUAUUAUCCACAGCAGAGUCAACCAUUGCCUCCUUAUUAUCAUCCAGUUGAAUCUAGGAAAAGUCCUAGGGAUAGUCCUAGAGGUUCCCUUGCUGGAGAAUCUUAUGAAGCUAAUUUUAGAAAGGCACAACCUCAAGUUCCCACUGGAAGUCGUUAUCAAACUGCUUCGCCUGCUAAGGAACUACCGCCUUACGAAGCUCCUCCUGUUUAUGAGAAUAUUCAGGAAGUUCAUUAUACGGAUAAUGCUCAAAAUAAGCCUGGGCCUCAAGUUCCAUCUAAUUAUUAUCAUCCUGCUAAUAUCAACGGAGGAGAUUAUGUCAUUAUGACUGGAAAAGUUGGACAAGGACAAGCACAACGUGGCAUACCUCAAAGUUUGUCUUAUACGCAACAAAGAGGAAUGAAUUCUAGGGGUCAGAGUUAUGAUGGAUCAUGUUUACAACGUGCAACUGUUGAUUGUCCUUCCAGAUAUCUACAAGGAUCAUCUUCCAAUGCUGAUCAUCAGUCUGGUAGAAGCGCUUAUGUACCACCAUCUGAAUUACAUACUCCAACUAGAAACUUUAGCUAUGAUCAACAACAGCAACAGCAACAACAGCAACAACAACAGCAGCAGCAACAACAACAGCAGCAGCAGCAACAACAACAACAACAACAACAACAACAACAACAAUCUUCUAGAUCAGGACUACCUUAUCACAGUGAAUCACCUCCAAUACGUUUGCCACCAGAACCUCAUCAUUAUCGUAGUUCUCUUGAUAAUACUGUAGCUGGACAGCAGGCAUAUCGUACGUCCCACCAAAAUGACAUGCAGCAAACACAAUUUCGUCAAGAUUCACAAGUAUACAAACAAUUUGUGGAGCCAUCUACUAGAAGCAUGAAUCCAAAUUAUUCUACAGAAACUCAAGCUAGAAAUUCUCCUGUAUAUGGUAGUCGUUCAGAGCAACCAUCUUGCAGGAAUUCUCCGUGUUAUUCUCCAAGUCGUACAAUGCCACCCAAUGAUAGGAACUAUCAUCAAGAAAAUAGAUCAGAUUUUUCUGCUAGGAAUUCACCAAUUUAUUCUUCCAAUCGUUCUGCAGAGCAAUUACGUUUGGGUUCUCUCCAAAAUGAGAGGAACUUUGCGCAAGAUGCAUCCGAAUCGUCUGGUCCAAGGAGUUCACCUUUAUAUUCACCAAGCCGUACUGAUCCUGGUAGAGUUAUUACACCAAAUAGUAAUAGUAUCCGUAAUUCUCCAAAAGCAAGUCCAACUCACAGUCAAAUUCCAAGUGAUAUUGGCUUACAAAAUGUAACAAAUUCUCCUAGACACAUUUCACCUCCUUCUUCCACCAAUGCAGUGGGAAGUCCUGUACAUGUGCAAGUGCAAACACCAGUGACCAGUACUGUGACUUUAACCAAUGAUUCUGAUUCAACUGUUAAUGUACCUAGAAUUACAAGCCUACCACCGGGUGUUACCAGUGGCAUUGCUGGUCCUGUAUUUCUGAAUGCUGGUGUACCUGUGUUACAAAGAUCCUCAGAACCAGAACCUGAAGAAAGAAAAUUAGUUAGUCCACCUAUAAAGCCUACUCCUGGCAAAGGAUUGUUGCCAUACAACGUCAUUCCACCUAGACCAUCGGGUCCAACGGAAGCGGAAAGGAAGAUAGAAGAAUUAACGAGACAACUCGAGGAGGAGAUGGAGAAGCAAGAGGAGGAAGGAGAAUAUUUUGGUAUUUGUCACACGUGCGGUGAAAAGGUGACCGGUGCUGGACAGGCUUGUCAGGCUAUGGGUAAUCUUUAUCAUACGAAUUGUUUUAUAUGUUGUUCCUGCGGAAGGGCUUUACGCGGCAAAGCAUUUUAUAACGUUCAUGGAAGGGUUUAUUGCGAGGAAGAUUAUUUGUAUUCCGGUUUCCAACAGACAGCCGAGAAAUGUGCUAUUUGCGGUCAUCUCAUUAUGGAAAUGAUCUUACAAGCUAUGGGUAAAUCCUAUCACCCAGGGUGCUUCAGAUGUUGCGUAUGCAACGAGUGUCUCGAUGGUGUUCCUUUUACGGUAGACGUAGAUAAUAAGAUCUAUUGUGUUAACGAUUAUCAUAGAAUGUUUGCACCUAAAUGUGCAUCUUGCGGUAAAGGGAUUACUCCGGUCGAGGGUACCGAAGAAACAGUUAGAGUUGUUUCCAUGGACAAAGACUUUCACGUGGAUUGCUAUGUUUGCGAGGAUUGCGGCAUGCAGCUAACAGACGAACCCGAUAAAAGGUGCUACCCACUCGAUGGUAGGCUCAUGUGUCGCGCCUGUCACAUCCAACGCAUAUCUCAUACACAACCAAGAGCACCACAGCCGGUAUCUGCUAGCUAUCAAUUUAUGGGAUAAAAAAAAAAGAAAAAGUUAUAUAUAUAUAUAUAUAUAUAUAUAUAUAUAUAUAUAUAUAUAUAUAUUAAUUUGUAUGCGUGCGCGCUUCGCUUCUAUCAGAAAUGUUUCAUUUCAUUAUAGAUUUGCGCACAUAAAAGCCAUCCUAUAUAAUGAUUAACUGUGCGAACUUGUGCUUCGAUCACAUCAGUCUGAUGAAACUUUUGUCGAAUUGUCUAAAAAAAAAAAAAAAAAAAAAAAAAAGAAAAAAAAACAAGAAACAAAAAAAAAAUAACAAGAAAAGAAUAAAAAAAAAAAAAAAAGUAAGACUGCUCCAUAUAAAAAUAUACACUGCCUCUUGGGAUCAAGUAAUAUAUAUAUAUAUAUUUUUUUUUUCUUCCUUUUUUUAAACAAUUUUUUCUCACGAUACAACCGAAGUGCUAAUUUCAAUUAAAGAACAAUCGAUUUCGAGACAUACCUAUUAGCGAAAUAUGAUGUAGUAUGUGUAUUUAAUAUAUGAUUUUUUUUUUUUUUAAUAUUGUUUCUUUCCUACGGUACUCUUCGAACACAGUGGUCUCAUUAGGAUGAGCAAGUUGCGCAGGCAACUGUGAUAUAAUAGCAUAAUAUCGACUUGUUAAAUGGCGAACAUUUUAUUCCUUUUACUUCGUGUAUAUAGGUACACGUAUCUCAUUGUUAAUAAUUAUUAUAGUUAUUAUUAUUAUUAUUAUUAUUAUUAUUAGUAGUAGUAGUGUAAUGCGUAUUGUUAGGGAAAAUUUGAUGUAUGGAAAAACAAAACUCGAUUCAACGUCCCAGGUGAAAUGGCAAUUCCUUCGCAUUAAUUAUAAUAUUUAUAUGCAAUAUUAAUUAGACGUAGGAGCCGUUAAAUCCUUUAAUAUAUUAAUUAAUAUUUAUCAAGGAUUUGUGCGCUCUUUCAGUCGAUGCUGAUACAAUAUAAAACGAAUAAUAUGAAAAUAUGAAAUAUAAUCGUGAUUAUUCUUGUUCUCUUAAAAUGUUAGAUUUGUCUUUGUCAAUUGCAAUCAAACAAGUGGAAUGAAUUUAAUAGAUCAUUUAUUAUGUAUAUAUAUAUAUAUAUAUAUAUAUACACACAUAUAUACAUACAUACAUACAUACAUAUAUAUAUAUAUAUGUAUACACAUAUACACACACACACGAUGUAGUUCGUGUGCUUUAUUAUAUUAGAAUUUAAGCGCACAAUUUUUAAGCUGCCAAAAAAGAAAGCAAAAAAGAAAAACAAACGAUUGAUCUUUGUCAAGAUUUGCUAAUAUUAUCAGUUUACAUAUUUACAAUAGUUAAUUAAGUAAUGAGUACUGUAGAUAAAAGUACAAUCUCUCUUAUUUAAAUAUACAUAUGUACGAGAUGGUGUGUAUGAUGUGACGACCGUGUUCAAUAAAGGCGAACCUGACAGAAAUAA